UUAACAUUGAUGGAAGGAGUCUCCAGUGUCAGAGGUAACGCUGUGCGUUUUCCGAUAUCUUCAGGACGGAGCAGUUCACGCUUCGUGAGCUGUUCGUAUAAUGGAUUCCGGCUCAUGCGGGACAUUUACAGAGCUCUGUAGUGCGGACGAUUCCUCCGCUUCGUCCUGCGUGUCUCUUUCCUUUUUCCUACUGAAGUCGAUUCUUCCUUAAAACAGACCCGUGAUGAAGGACGGACAGAAAGACCAGGCUGUGGAGAUAGCAGAUGAUUGGCCAGGGUAUGAAUUAGAGCUGUUCACGUAUCCGGAGCAUUACCGUGGUGAUGUGGAGAGUGUGUACAUCCCACACGGCAUCAUCAUGAACAGGAUCGAGUGUUUAGCCAGAGACAUCCUGGAGGACAUGGGUCAUGAUAACCUGAUGGUUCUGUGUGUUCUGAAAGGAGGCUAUAAGUUCUGCGCUGACCUGAUGGACUCCGUUAAAACCCAAAGCCGGAGCUCUGAUCGUCCCAUCACCACCCGCGUAGAGUUCAUCCGCCUCAAGAGCUACCUGAACGACCGCUCCACGGAAGACCUGCAGAUCAUCGGCCCUGAGGAUCUCUCCAUGCUGAAAGGAAAAAAUGUCCUGAUAGUCGAGGCGAUAGUGGACACGGGGAAGACCAUGAAGAUGCUCCUGCAGCAUGUGGAGAAGUUCCAGCCCAGGACUGUCAGAGUGGCCGGCUUGCUGGUAAAGCGGAUUCCCGGCGGAGCUACAACACUUCCAGACUAUGUCGGAUUUGUCAUCCCUAAUCGCUUCGUCGUUGGUUACGCUCUGGACUACAACGAAUACUUCCGAGACCUGAAUCACAUCUGUGUCAUCAGUGAAACCGGGAAGCUGAAGUAUAAACUGUGAGAAACAGACACGUUACCAGGGUUUGUUCUUGUCUCAAAUUGAUAAAGCACUUCAAACUAACAAAAGCUCAUUGUAGGGUAUCUGUGGUGAGGUUCAUGGAAUUUUG